AUGGCUUCACAAUCCGCCGACCUGCAAACCAACGGCGUGCCCCCCUCCUCAGGCGCCUCAGCCUCGCAAACCGCACCGAACACCCAAGCAACAGCAACGACAUCAACAGCAGGCUCUCAACCCCCAUCCCAAACCCAACCGACCCAGUCCUCAUCCACCCAACAAACCUCACAGCCAUCACAACAAAAUGCGCAACAGGGCGGCCAACAACAACAGCAGCAGCAGCAGCAGCAACAAUCAUCAAACCCUCUAGCCCCCAAUGCCUCGGCCCCGCGACCCCGCGACUCCCGCAUGAUAGAGCUCCUCCUCACCUCCCAGGGCGUCACAUCGUACGAGUCCCGCGUGCCCCUCCUCCUCCUCGACUUCGCCUACCGCCACACCUCGAGCAUCCUCUCCGACGCAAUCUACCUCUCAGCGGACCCCUACACCUCCCAAGCCGGCAGUAAAGCAUCAGGCGGCGGCGGCGGCGCGGGCUCGAUCCCCGGCGCGGCAGGCGACGCCGCCGUCACGGCCAACGCCGUCAAGCUCGCCAUCGCCGCCAGGCUGGGCUACCAGUUCCGCGGGGGCGGCGGCGCCGGCGGCGUCAGCAAGGACUGGCUGCAGGAGCUCGCGCGCGAGCGCAACAAGACGGCGCUGCCCAAGGUCGCGCAGAACGAGUGGGGUCUCAGGUUGCCGAGCGAACGUUUUGUUCUGAGCGGCGUCAGCUGGGGUCUCAAGGAAGCGUGGGAGGAAGCCGGGAUGGAAGAGGACGAAGACGAAGACGACGAGGACGGUGCUGCUGCUGCACCGGGCGGUGACGGGGCGAUGGAGGGCGUCGAGGCGACGAAUGCGACGGCGGAAGAGGAUAUCGGCGGCGAUGGCGUCGAGGGCGGCACGAUGGAGGACGUGUUUGGCAAGGACGUGGACGAGGAUGCGGAGAUGGAGGGCACUUCUUAG